AUGUCAACUAAUGAUAAUAACAGUUAUGACUCAACCACCAUCAACAAAUGCGAUGUACACAACGACUAUAAUGGGAUCGGCAAAUUUCCGGCAUUACAAUUAAUUAAUUCUGCUACCUUUUCAAACCAGAUUUCUAAAUCUUUACCAUCUAUACCAUAUCUCGACAAUGGUCAAAUUAUUUCCAUUUCUUCCAUUUCAACGGCUUCUGGUAGUCGAUCCUCUUCAGCAUCUGACAGUAUCGAUACUGAUGUUUCAGUCUCAUAUUCCUCAACAUCCUCCGUCCCGCUCACAUAUCCAGAGAAUGAAGUAGAGCCCUUGAACUCAUUUGGUGAAAUUAAUAAUGUUCUCAAAGGGAAAAACAAAGAAAUCAUAUUGGAUAUAAAUGACACAUUACAUCGACCGUUUUCUUCAAAUGCUCCGUCAUAUGACGUAUAUGAAGUACUUGCAGAAAUUAAGGCAAAUACUUUACUUUCUUAUCCUCAAUAUCAGAAACGAAUUUCCAAAUCGGUUCAUCUUCAGCAACAGAAAACGAAUCAAAUUUUCUUUAACAAAUCUGAAAACACUAAAACUCAUGUUAAUGAUUUGUAUGUAUCAAUUAAAAAAAAUACGUUUGAUUUUUCAACAAACGAAGCUUCGACCGUUGUAAUUGCCAAAUAUAUGUUUUGGAUAGGAUGGUUUAUAAUGCCAAUAUGGUGGAUUGGAUCAUGUUACUUACCUCGACCUACUUCGGAUGCUACGCCAGAUGAUUACAAAUGGAGAAAUCGAUGCCGUAAAGCAAGUACUUAUGGAUUUAUUGGUUUGAUUUUGGGUGGAUUAUUCUUUGUGAUUGUGAAAUCGAGACAAUUAUAA